AUGAAUCUCUCGGGGACCCUCAAUGUCUUCAAGCUCCUGAGAGACCCUGCUCUCUGUCUCCCGCACCAUACCGUAUCCACUUUCAGCCAAUUGCCCGUUCCACUGUCCCGGGGCCUUACCCGACCAGAUGGGAAGGCCGUCGACAUCAGGGCUGUAGUCCUGGACAAGGACAACUGUUUUGCCGUUCCCCACGCAAAUGAGGUCCAUCCUGAGUACAAAGCAAAGUUCCAAGAACUCCGCGAGGCAUAUCCGGGCCCGAAGCUGUUGAUCGUCUCCAACACUGCUGGAACAGGAUCUGAUCCAGCUUUUGCUCAGGCCGAACUUUUGGAGCGCAACACUGGCAUCAGGGUUCUCCAUCACAAUACGAAGAAACCUGGAUGCCGCUCUGAAGUUUUCGAGUACUUUCGCAAUAUCCCGGAGGCCGGCGUGACGUCGCCAUCGCAAAUUGCUAUUGUCGGCGAUCGCCUCUUUACUGACGUGAUGAUGGCGAAUCUGAUGGGUGCACAUGGCUUCUGGGUCAAAGACGGAACCAUCGGCCCGCAUAGCUUCUUUGCGAGGGCAGAGCACCGACUGGCUGCCUUUCUUCUGCGAAAAGGAUAUGCGGCCCCGGAUCCGCGGAGUAGCUUUGAGUGA